ACACCCAUAGUCUGAAAUAGUUUAAAAUAUAGCGUACUGUUGGAUAUCUCAUAGAAAAUCAAUUAUACUGGUACAAAUAGUGUACGACCUCAUUCAUCCGUUUCUUUGUGUUAACCCACCCCACCGUGGAAAUGUAUUAAAUAAAGGUAGGUCCACUUUUGAAGAGUUCAAUAUUCAAUUCAGUACAGUGACCCAUCAUUGGCGGAAUUGUUUUUCUGCAUGUCCAACAGUGAUGUCUAAAAAAAAUGAAACAAAACGUGUGCGUUUUUUAUUUUAUGCGUUCUUAAUGCUCAAUGUAGAAUGUAAUGCAUCUAAUGACCAACAAAUAUUUUUUGGAAACCCUAAGCUUGAAGGCCAUGAAGGAUCAAUUUGGAGAACUAUUGGAUAUGAAGAACAAAAUGACCCCAAGAAGAUAUUUUUUCUCAGGAUGGAUUUGAAUCAGAAUAAUCCAUCAGAUUUAGAAAAUUCAAGUCCCGGAGAUCCAGAAAUGCACUUAAAUGAAGAAAGAAGCAAGAGACAAGCGGAUGAACAAGUACUUGGUAUGGUUGAAAUGAAAACAGAUACUGACGAAGAACCAAGCACUCAAAAACAAGAACUCGACACUCUGGACACUUUGCAAGUGUUUACAGAAACAGCUCCUACAACAACUGAAAUUGGUGCACAAGAAAAUAAUUCUAAAAAUAAUUUCAUACCAAUCAAUGAUUUCAUCAGGUUCAGAAGACAAUUAAAACAUGGAGGAGACAACGGAUCUAACAGCAUGGGUAAAGUACAAAAUUUCGACCUUGAGAAAGAAAACGCUGAUAGUCAAAAUAAUAGAGGAGCACGUGGAUUGACAAAACAAGAAUGGGUUAAAUUUCCUUAUCAAAUUCAGAGGACUCUAACGAGUGACGAUUCUAUAGCUUCGUCUAGUGACUUCAGCAAACCUAGAAGAGUGCAUUUUAUUACUCAGAAGCAAUUUGAAGUUGAGAACCCAUUGGCGUCUUCAAAUCAAAGACAAGGAAGAGUUUCAGAUACUUCCAGACCGUCUAGAAAUCAACCUAGGGAUCCUAGGGUUGAAAUGGAUCAGAGAAAGGGUCAGGACCUCUUCACCCCGAGAUUAAGGGACUUUGAUGGUCCUCCAGAUUAUCCAUACUUUCAAAAUUCUAGAGGGAGAUAUUACGAAAGAGACUUGAUAGAAAAUAGGAGGCCUGGUUCAAGGUCUCUGGAAAUCUAUCCAAGAUAUAGAGACAGAAGGAUAAUUUACUAUGCAAACCUGCCAGAAAUUACCAGAAAUUCACCACGGUUGAGAGAAACGGAGAGGUACAGGGAUCCUUUUUAUGACGAAUAUUCUGGACAUCUGUACCAAAGGGCGUUUUAUAGGAACAACAGGAACGAAGAAAUACUUCCCAUGAAGGUAUCUGCAGAUAUAAAUGUGAGGGAGGUGAAGAAAAAUCCGGAAAAGAGAAUUUACUCCGAUGUUCAGAGAAAAUAUCCUUACGAUUUACCACCAUUUGAUGCUAAUCAGCCAACAAGGCAUUAAAAUAUUUUGCUUCAUCAAUUUUCAUAUUUGUCAUUUUUAAUUGUAGUGUACUGAAUAUUUAUUAAAGAUUAUUCGCCAUUUUUUA